GCUCCGCUCCCUCCGCCCUCCUCCUCCUCCUCCUCCUCCAGCUAUUUGCCAACCAGCCUCAGCGACAGACAGCCAGCCGCUCACCGUCCUGCUGCUGCCGCCUCCGCUGCUGCUGCUGCUGCCGCUGCUGCGCGGAGUCCCGUCUUCUCCCACCGAGCCCCGGCGUCGUUUUUCCCGGUCUGCGAGGAUCUCCACCCGGGCCGGCUAGCGAGUUCGGUCGCGUCUCUUUUUUUGGGGGGGGAGGAAAAUUCAGUCUUUGCGAGCUUUGUUCUCCAACUGCCCUUCAAGACAUAUGGAGAAAAUGGCCAGACCUCUUCCUAUAAACCCAACUUUCCUGCCGCCGACUCACGGCGUACUGAAAUCCCUGCUGGAAAACCCGCUGAAGCUGCCUUUCCACCACGAUGAAGGAUUUGGGAAAGACAAGGAGAAAGAAAAGAAGCUGGACGAUGAGAGCAGUGCGGCCAACCACCCACAGUCGGCCUUCCUCGGCCCGACCCUGUGGGACAAGACCCUGCCGUACGACGGGGACAACUUUCAACUGGAGUACAUGGACCUGGAGGAGUUCCUGUCAGAGAACGGCAUCCCCGCCAACACAGCCCAGAGCGACCAGGCUCAGCAGGCAGCGCAGCCGCCGCAGGCCCCUCUGCAGCAGGCACCGCCGCCCACCCCGCCCACGCCCUCUGUGGUGGACCUCAGCAGCCGCGCCACCACCUCGGUUCACACAGGCAUGGCGCCUCAGACCUGCCUCCACAGCCCCAGCGCAGCAGCGCUGCCCUCAGCCAGGGACACCCCCAGCCCCAUCGACCCAGAGUCCAUUCAGGUGCCCAUGACCUAUGAGCCCGACCCGGCGGACCUGGCUCUGUCCAGCGUGCCCGGACAGGAAAUGUUCGACCCCAGGAAACGCAAAUUCUCCGCUGAGGAGCUGAAGCCCCAGCCCAUGAUCAAAAAAGCCCGGAAGGUCUUCAUUCCUGAAGACCUGAAGGACGACAAGUACUGGGCCCGGCGCAGAAAGAACAACGUGGCAGCCAAGCGGUCACGAGACGCCCGGCGGCUGAAGGAGAACCAGAUCGCCAUCCGGGCCGGCUUCCUGGAGAAGGAGAACGCCGCUCUCCGGAUGGAGGUAGCGGACUUGAGGAAGGAGCUGGGCCGCUGCAAGAACAUUCUGGCUAAAUACGAGGCCCGACACGGGCCCCUGUGAGCCCCCCCAAAACCUCCCCAACCACCACAACCACCACCUCCACCACCUCCUUCCUCCCCCUCACUUCACCAUCCCAACCCACCUCUCCUCAAGUUUGAAGGACAAUGUGUCUCUUUUGGUGGCACUGCCCCCACCUCCUCCUCCUCCACCAUCCCAACCUCCUCCCACCUCCUCCUCCUCCCCCGGCAACCAACACACACCUGUAUGAUUCUGGUAUUAUAACUGUCAUUUUGACUUCUGUCAUAAGCUUCGAUUUUUGUCUGUUCCUUCUUUUAUUUUCUGUACACAUCGUUCGACUAAAUAUAUAUACAUAUACAUAGAUAAAUCUAUAUAUAUUUACACAUGCAUACUUCCCACUUUAAUGUACUGUGAGGAGUUAUGAGCCAACCCACCAGCUGAGUCCCCCCCGUCCCCCGCUACCUUCCACUUUUGAGAAAUGAUGCCAUGCUGUUUGUUGUUCACUUUCAUACCGAUUUUAUACGUGACAUCAGGACUGAAAACUGUUGUUUCCUGUUUCCCUUCUUCUUCUUCUUCUCUGUGUUAAACCAUGUGACGUGUCGGAGCCUGCUUCUACCCAAAAUCUGGUGUUUUUAGCCCCGUGCCAGGUUUGUUUUUCCUCUAUCAGCAACACCGUCUUCAGUUUUCUUCUUUUUUCUCUGAACUUUCUUGAUGUUCAUGUUGUAUUUCAGUUGUUCUAACACCACCACCACCUCCACCCUCCCCCCGGCUUCUCUUUACUGCAUCCUCAGUAUUUUAACGGUUAAAAAAACUUGUUUCCUGUGCAGUCGUGGCGUAGAAUUGCCGUUUUUAAAACCACCGUUUUUGUUUUUUUCAUCACUCGGACUCUGAGCAAUAAUAAUUCCUGUCCAGAACUAAACUGACAUGACUACCUACAUGUUCCUCACCCCUCCCUGCUCCCCCUCUCCUCCCUCCCACUGGCAGAUCACUACCUAGUCUCCCCCUUUUUUCACCUCACAUCUUAGCUCACCUCCGUUAACUAAGAUUACCUUAGUUAACCUCUGCACUAAUGCGUGUCUCACAAUCUGAUCUGGUGCAAUGUUUCCACUCACUCAAAAUUUCCUCCGCCUCAUAUUUAUCUACCUUUUAUUUCUCAGAUGGAAGAUUGUUGUUUUUUUAUAUAUAUAUACAUACAUAUAUAUAUAUAUAUAUAUUCUGUUGAUAUAAUUGUUAGUAUUAAUACUACUCUUGACAUUGUUGUUUAGCCUCCUUGUUUUCAGAUUUAAGCAUGAUUUCUUUCACAGAACGAAAAGCUAUUUACAGAUAUUUUCCUUGUUUUUUUGUUUUUUUUGCAAAGUUGUUGAUAAUUCUUUUUGCUUCUGUUAACUUAGCAUGAUCAAUGAGUGUUUUUAUUUUAGAAAUCAACAGAUGUCUGUAGUCUCUCUUUGUAGCUCUAUGUUUGCCUUCUUUUUAAAGAUGGCUGUAUGAAUGUAAAAGAUGUUGACAAAAAAGUUGGAUGGUGUUGUCCAAUACUGUGGUUAACCCAAUCAAUUUGUUUACUGCAAACCAAACUAUUCACAACAGAGAUGAUAUAUUGGUUACAAGAGAUAUGUUUAUAUAAACCUAUUCUAUAAGUUGUU